UGAGUGUAGAUCCUACAGAACUGCGGGGUAUUGGCAUCCAGCUGACCCGGUUGGAGGGCGAAAAGUCUGUGAGACCAUCAGCUAAUGCUUUAGAUAAAUUUCUAAGGCCAAAAGCCGAUUUAACAGUGGAUGUCAAGAAGGAAAGACAGAUGCCAGUAGCAGACAGUCGAGGCAAGGAGGAAAAUGUUUCAAAUUCAUCAGCGUUAGAUCAGUUUUUUACUGCAAGAAAACAUGUCCCUAAUCGAACCAGAGUGAAACUACAGAAUCCUAUAAAGCCUGCAGAAAUAGACAAAGGCGUGUUAGAAGCACUGCCAGAAGACAUACGACAAGAAAUAAUGCAAGAGUAUGGCAUGGAAGUGGAAGUAUUGAAUGAAGAUAACAAAAAAGAGCCAACCAAACCUGUACAAUACGAUUGUGGUGUUAACAUUUCUCAGAUUGAUCUGGACGUGCUUGAAGAGCUACCUUUGGAGAUAAAGAAAGAAAUACAAUCAACAAUGAAUACAAACAAAAGAAGUACAAAGAAGAAAAUGGAAAAUGAUUUGGCAGCGAUUAGUGUGGACACUGGACCGAAGCUGGAUGAGAACCUGCCUCCGAGUGAGGUCAGGGCUCUGAUCAAGGCCUGGACCACUUCCGAGGACAGUCCUCAGGCCUGCGAUGUGAACAUGUUGACUGACUACAUGCAGGGACUGGUGAACACUAGACGACUCGACAGUUUGGAUAUCUGUAUCAGCUGUUUACACAGGUCACUCAUUUUCAGCAUAGUUCUGCAUACUAUGAGAUUUAUGCAGAAGUUUGUUCUGUAA